AUGGGACAAGGACGACAAGUACAUACCACCAUCAAGUACUUCGAUGACCCUGGCGUGCCUCUUGUACCGAUGAUCAUCGGCGGACCUGAGCCAGGAAAACCUCAGCCUAAAGUCGCAAUCGAUACCACAAUCACCGACAUAACUGGCAGGGAAGAUGAGUUCACGCUUGAUGUUCAAGGGUUUCACUAUGUGAAACAUCAGAGUCAAGUAAGCUCCUGGGAUGACGAUGAGGAGAUUAAACGCGUCAAUUAUCCAGAAAUGGAGAAGCUUUGCUGGAAAGUUUUAUCAGAGACUGAGAAUCUCCCUAAACCUUCGGAAGUGCAUAUCAUGACGCACAUCAUCCGCCGUGGCCCUAAAGAUGGAGAGGGACCCAAAGGCCCAGCACCGCUGUACGGUGUGCACGUGGAUCAGUCAUUUAAAGCCGCUGAAGGAGUUGCCCAACGGUGGUUAGGCGAGCGAGCUUCAGAACUGCUCAAGAAGCCACGCUACCAAAUCAUUAAUGCAAGUAUGUGGCGGCCAAUUCGUCCCAUUAGCCGGGACCCUUUCGCAGUUUCUGACGCUCGUUCAAUUCCAGAUUCGGAUCUAGUGUUUGUACCUGUGCGCUUCCCAGACCACGACACCGAAGCUGUUGAGGUGCGACCGCCGACAAAUUCACCUCACAAGUGGUACUUUAAGGAUAAGCAACAGCCCGAUGACGUUCUCUUUUUCAAGCAAGUGGACUCGAGCACGAAGCCGGGGGUUCCCAGGAGAGUACCUCACUGCGCUUUCAAGGACAGCGACCUUCCAGACGGGGCUGGUGAGCCAAGGGCGAGCAUUGAAGUCAGGGCAUUUGUUUUUUACGAUGAAGAGUGA